AUGGCUGUCAUUUAUGUCCACUCUGCUCGUGAUAAGAGCUAUCAGAACCAGAGGAGUCUGAUACUUGUCGCAAUGGCUUCUCCCAUGUACAAGGGCUCAUUAACUGAAUACAUGAGGCAAUCAAGGCAUCCGCAGGAUUUCCGCUUCAGCAGUGUUCAGCUGGUGUGUGACAAUUGGAAGGUUAUUAUUCAUGUCUUCCAUGACAUUGUUACAACACAACAGCCACACUUCAUUCUCACCAAGCCCAUGUCUCGCAAACAAAUCGCUCCCACAGUUAUUUGCGUUCAUGGAAAUAAUCCGCAGAAAUCAGAACUUCUAAAAACUGACAGCCCUAAGAAUUCACAAAAACACAUAUGGACAGAAAGCAGCAAAGACCUCUCCAUCAGCCGUCUGCUUUCACAGACAUUGUCUGGCAAAGAGAAUGCUACUGCUGUGGACCUGCAUUACGAAACUCCAGUACCUUACUCUGACCAGGACAUAUGGGAUUGGUUACGAAAUGCAUCAGAUCAGAAGGAGCCCCGCCCUCGACUUAAGAGGCGACCUAUAGUCAAAACGGGCAAGUUUAAGAAAAUGUUUGGCUGGGGGGACUUCCAUUCCAACAUCAAAACUGUCAAGCUAAAUCUACUCAUCACAGGCAAAAUAGUGGACCAUGGAAAUGGUACCUUUAGUGUCUAUUUCCGUCACAAUUCUACUGGCCAGGGGAAUGUUUCUGUCAGCCUGGUACCCCCUACAAAAAUUGUGGAAUUUGACUUGGCUCAACAGACGGUGAUUGAUGCCAAAGAUUCAAAGACAUUUAACUGCCGUAUUGAGUAUGAAAAAGUGGACAAGGCAAAGAAGACUACGCUUUGCAACUAUGAUCCAUCAAAAACCUGUUACCAGGAGCAAACGCAAAGCCAUGUGUCAUGGCUGUGCUCCAAACCCUUUAAAGUUAUAUGUAUUUAUAUUUCAUUUUACAGUACAGAUUAUAAACUAGUGCAGAAAGUGUGUCCAGAUUACAAUUACCACAGUGACACGCCAUAUUUCCCCUCUGGCUGA